UCUGGGGCUAAACAAGAGAAGAGAAACUCGGCAGGAGGAGCCAUAGAGGAGCCAAUGAGAGGGCGAGGCUGAGGUCACGUGAGCCAGUGUGUUGUGUUCCCAGGUGUUGGAGGACCCGCCGCCGCCCUCCCUCCUUCUCCCCGCCGUGUGCUCCUCUGCGGGUGGUGACGCGAGAGCCAGCCAACCAGCUAGACAAACAUCAACAUCAACAUCGAGAGCAUUAUUACCAACACCAGCUCUGUCAGUGUAGCCAAGGCGAGGCGAGGCGUCCACACAGCGCAUUGGCAACAGUGUGAAGGUAUGGGUGGGCGUGUGGUGGGAGUUGUCACGUGGUAUUCCUGACCUGACCUCGUAUCAGGUGACCUCCACGGUUGUUGGCAGGUACAACCAGUAGAGGGAACACAACACACCCCAGCCCAGCUGCUGCAGGUGUGGUUGGUGCAAACCAGCGCCUGUGUGUGUGUGUGAGGGGUGAGCAGAGGGGAGGUAGCAGGUGUCUACAGACAGAGGAGUGAGGCAGCCCAGCAGCUGCCCGCCCCACACAAAGUCCACAACUCUGGCAGGAGGAGAACAACAGAUCGACCGGAGGAUGGAGCGAGAGAGCAACCAGCUUGAGGCCGGGCCCAUCCUGUGCCGCACUGGCUGCGGCUUCUUUGGGUCCCCCAACACUGACGGGCUCUGCUCAAAGUGCUACAAGGAUGCCCUCAAGAAGAAGCAGCAGCCUCCCUCCAGUGUGACCUCCCCCACCUCUCCGGCAUCCUCUAGCCCUUCCCCCCCAGCUGCUGCCCUCCAUCAGACCCCGGCGGCUGCCACCACCACUGCUCAGCCCACGGUUCCCUCCCUCACACAGGUGGGCGGGGCAGCGGCGGAGAAGCGUGAGAGCAGCGAAGAGGGCGGGGCGUCUGCCUCGGAGGACCUGGACCCAGCCAGCCCAGACAAGGAUGCAGGAAAGAAGAAGAAAAACAAAUGCCAGAUGUGUAAGAAGAAGGUUGGGCUGACAGGAUUCACGUGCCGGUGUGAUGGGCUGUUCUGCUCCGUGCACCGCUACAGCAACGAGCACCGCUGCACCUUUGACUACCGCGAGCAUGGGGCGGAAGAGAUAAGGCGGAACAACCCCGUCAUCAAGGGUGAGAAGAUCCAGAAGAUAUGAAGCAGAGGCUAGCGGGCCCUCCCCCCUCCCCCCCUGGUGAUGGCUGGACCGGCAGGAUCUUUUUUCAUUAUUAUUUUCCUUGUUCUAUGAAUAUAUUUGAAAAUAGGCCUAUUUGUACAGUGGGGUCAGCGCAGGGGCGGGCCGUCCGCAGGGCCGCGGCGGAGUUUUGAGUUGUGUUGGUUGGCUCUGCUGUGUUGUGUACGUGUGUGUGCGUGGGGCCGCCGCCCCGCACCGUGUCUAGCAUUACCUCAUCGCGUCACCACUCACCCCCUCGCCUCAUCGCCUCACCUCAGUCAUCGUCACCUUCGUCGCCGCACCCUCGCGCAUCAUCACAUCCCAUGUCGUCUAGUUUGUAGCAAAAUAGCCCGGCCGGCGCCCAGCCCGGGAGCCUGUCGGGCUGAACUCGGUCCGUGCGUCCUUGAGAGAUAAUAUAAUGAAGUGGCGUUGUUCUUUCCGGAAGGGCGAGGGAAGGAAGCCGCUGGGGUGGACGUGGCCCCUGGGCCGCGGCCUGCCUUAACCCGGCCGCCGGAACCGUCGGCCCGGCCAGCUCCAGCGGCAGGCCGUCAUUAAGCACUGGGACUCACUUAGAGACGGACUCUCGCCUUUUGUACCGAGCGUAUUAAACCUACUAAAUACUGCAACAUUUGUAGUGGCUACGAGGAAUGACAACAGUGAGGUUUCCUUGUUUGUGUGAAUGGAGACUUACCUCUUACUAGGGCACCUGUGUCACUUUUACCUUAACCAAACCACCGCCCGCCCUCGCCCCGACCGCGAGGGAAACUUGCCGGGUUUUUGUGAGACUUCUCUUUUUUGUGUUUUAUUGCAGUAGUCGGUGCUUAUACAGAGUAGCGGACACGCUGGAACAUCAGUUUUAACGAAGAAUAAAGGUUUAACGUGGCAAGCUCCUUACAAAUGUUGCCUGGUGAAUGACAGCCAUGUUUGCUCCUUCCAUUUUAGUGUUUAGUUUAUCAUGCCAGUCCGUUGGCAUCUUGUUUGUGAGGAGUUUGUUUCUUUGCUUUAUAACUAUUCCCUCUUUGAUUACCAUUAUUACCAAUAGUCAUUGUUACUAUAUACGAUUUGUAGUCAAAUAUGUCCUGGUGUGCUCAAUAAAUGGGUACAGCUAAC